AUUAAAACAUUUAUUUUUUGAACACAUUUUGGCUAAACCAUGCAUAGAAAUCUUUAAAAAAAUUAAAUUUAAAAAAAAUUUUAUGUGAAAUUUUGGAAGCGUUAAAAUGAUACCAGGCUUCCGGAUCAUAAACACGGCGUUCAAGCAAACACUAAUAAAAAAAAAUAUUGCUGGAUGUAUCACUAAAAGGUGCUGGGCCCUGCAAAUCCGUUGCCAUUAUUUAAGCAGCGACGCUAGUAAAAAUAGCGAAAGCCAAGGCGGUGCUGCUGCGACAAACAAACAGCUUCCAAAACAAUAUAAAUUCAUGUCUGUUGGACAUAUUUUGCUGGAUCACACGGCGCGGCUGCCCAACAGUGAAAUCGGAAUAUUGAAAAAAUUUAACGUUAUUGAAAAUACUAAAGGUAUUUUGGACGUGAAGUCUUUGAGAGAAUUAAAAAAGGAAGUAUGCAAGAGAGUAAAAUGUGUGGAGAGUCCUGGUGGGUCAGCGCUCAAUACGGUGCGACUACUGAAACAAUUGGGCAACAAUUCGCUCUUCAUUGGCCUAGUGGGUGACGAUGAAGCUGGCAAAAAAUUAAGCAAAUACUUCAAAGAACACGAUAUCGAUGUGCGCCUAUUCACACACAAAGAAUUGCCGACCGGAGAGUGUUUAUCGAUCAUAAAUAAGGAUACUCACACUGAAACGCUUUACGCGAACAUUGGCGCCUCGGAAAGCAUUAGUGUGGAGCUUAUGCAACAAGCCGAGAAGGAGGUACAGUUCUUGCGCCCAACCGAACGUAAGCAACUUAUAUAUGUGGAGGGCUUCAUCAUACCGGGCCGUAAAAGGUUAUGCGAAUAUAUGAUUAAGAACUAUGUGAGCGGUCGUCGCUGGUUGGCACUCAAUUUGAGUGCCGAAUUUAUUGUGCGCGAAAACUUCGAAGAUGUCAUGGCAUACGCAUGCGCCGCGUACUUCAUCUUCGGCAACGGCAAUGAAUUUUGUGCACUUGCCAAUAGAAUGGGUUUCGGCAACGAUUCGGAGAAAGCGAUCAGAAAGAUAUUUGAGUAUCACUGCGGUCCUCGUAUUAUGAUUAUAACAAAUGAUAAGAAUAGCGUACUACUCGUAAGCAAUGUUGAGUAUGGAUCGGAUAAACCGGGCAAAAUAUUUUAUCGUGAAUGUAAAGUGGAUAAAAUUCCAAAUGUUGUCGAUACAACUGGUGCGGGUGACUCUUUCGUGGCCGGUUUCUUACAUGCCUUUCUGAAUAACUACAAACUUAAGGAUUGUGUUGCCGUGGGUUCUGCUGUGGCGUCUAAAGUUAUCACUACCAUCGGUUGCAAUCUGCCGAAAGAUUUCAAUAUUAAUGAAUUGACGGAUAAAAUGACAAAAAUGAAAUGAAGACUGAGCU